AUGCCGAUUGACAUUGUGUGGACGAUUAUCAAGGAGGGCGCGGACUGGGUCGGGCCUCUCAAGUCACUCGCCAUCAACUAUGGCCCCUACAUCGUCAUCGCGGCGCUGCUGAAGCGCUUCUUCUCGGGCGCGUCGAAUACCUGGGAGCGCGAGAUGCACGGCCGAGUGGUGAUGAUAACAGGCGGCACCUCAGGAAUUGGUCAAGCUGUGGCCGAGGAUCUCGCCCACAGAGGGGCCCAGCUGAUCUUCCUCACGCGCUCACUCUCUGACGCGUUUCUCAUUGACUACAUCGCCGACCUGCGCGAGCGGUCUAAGAAUCAGCUAAUCUACGCAGAGGAGGUUGAUCUUGCGGACCUCCACUCAAUUCGCGUGUUUGCCACAAAAUGGCUCGACAACUCGCCUCCGCGACGACUCGACACCCUCGUCUGCUGCGCUGCCGCCUCGCAGCCUCCGUUCAAGCCUCGCCAGUUCACGGCCGACGGCAUCGAGCAGCAAUGGGGAGUGAACUACCUCGGUCAUUACCAUCUCAUUACCAUGCUCUCACCUGCAUUUCGCGUCCAGCCGCCUGGCCGCGACGUGCGAAUCGUGGUCGCAGGCUGCUCGUCGUACGUACUCGCCGACUUUGACAUCGCUGAUCCCGGUUUUGAAAAACGCCCGUACCCGUCCUCAAAGCCAUGGAGAGUCUACGGAUCUUCUAAGCUUGCGCUUCGUAUGUUUGCGCGCGAGUUCCAGCGCACGCUCGACGCUUACCAGCGCCCGGACAAGCAGCCCAACAACGCGCGCAUAUUCAUCGCCGACACGGGCCUCUCGCGCACGCCGUCGACGCGCAUAUAUCUCUCGCUUGGUACUCUCUGGGGUUUACUGCUGUAUCUGAUCAUGUGGCCGAUAUGGUGGAUCGUGCUCAAGAGUCCGCAGCAGGGAGCGCAGACAGUUUUGCAUGCAAUCAUGAGUCCGGAGGGAGCCGAGGGCCCUGGCGCGAAGAUAUAUCGCGAGUGCGCGGUGAUGACGAAGCCGUCGCCGAUGAAAAUUGCAAACGACGAGGAGGUUUCGAAGAAGCUCUAUGAUCAGACAGCUGCGCGUAUCCAGGAGCUCGAGAAAGCAGGCGCGAUAAGGCGGAAGCUCGAGGCAAAGACCAAAGAUAACACGUCUACGGGAUCAGCGAAGCAGAAAAAGAGGCCGUCGAAGAAAACUUAG